CUAGGCAAUUUGAGGCACAGCUUAACCCUUUUAUCGCAGUGGGCAGCACGAAGGGUUUAUUUAGGGUUUAAGCAAAGGUCCCAUACAGCAGUCGAAAACACCGAAAACAUAAAAUUUUGAGGUGUAUUCUUCUGAAUUUGAACAAAAAUGGGAGCAGAGAAGGGAAAGAAGCAGAGAUCGGAAGAGGUGGAGGAAGAAAGGAACGGGAUGGAGGUCAUAGAUGAAAAGCUCGUUCAAUGUGUUGAAAAGCUUCAGUCAAUUCAAGAGGAUCUCGAAAAGAUUAAUGAAGAAGCAAGUGAAAAGGUAUUGGAGCUGGAGCAGCAGUUCAACGCCAUUCGGAAGCCUGUCUAUGAUAAGCGAAAUGAUGUCAUCAAGUCAAUCCCUGAUUUCUGGUCGACUGCAUUUAUGAGUCAUCCUGCCCUCACUGAACUCUUGACUGAAGAAGACCAAAAGAUUUUCAAAUAUCUGGAUAAUAUUGAAGUGGAAGAUUUCAAAGAUGUGAAAUCCGGUUACUCCAUCACAUUCAUGUUCAAACCCAAUCCACAUUUUGAAGAUACCAAGCUCACAAAGACCUUCAGGUUCCUAGAGGAGGGGGUGACGAAAAUCACCGCAACUAAUAUAAAAUGGAAAGAAGGCAUGGGCAUGCCUAAUGGUACUUCUGAGGAGAAGAAAGGAAGCAAGCGAUCUCUUGCUGAGGAAAGCUUCUUUUCCUGGUUUACUGAGUCUGAGUUUAAAGGUGACAUGUACGAACUUAGUGAUGAGGUGGCAGAUAUAAUCAAGGAUGAUUUGUGGCCCAAUCCUCUUGCGUAUUUUAACAAUGAGGCUGAAGAGGAUCUUGAAAUGGAUGAUGACGAAGAUGAUGAGGGCAGCGAUGGUUCUGAAGAUGACGACGAAGAGGAAGAUACUGAAGCCUGAGACAGUGGGCCGAGAAAAUUCAAGGCCAUGGGAGUUUUUCUUGUUUCUAUAAUAGUUUCGCGGAAGGCUUUAUAGUUUCCCGAGAGUAGUAGAUAGGUAGUAGAAAUUCGGCUUUAUCACCAUACGUUUUCUUUCUGUUGGUACCUCCACAUACCUUCCUUGUAUAAGCUCGAAGUUGUCGUUUUAGGUCGUCGACUAUGGCAUGAUGUAGCCCUAUGAUUGGUGGAUUUGGUUUCUGUUAUUGACAAAAUGAAAUAUAGCUACUUUUUGUUGAA